GGGGGAGGCGGCGGCGGCGGCGGCGGCGGCCGGGUCUGAGGGAGCCGGAGGCAGGCAGGCAGCGAGCGGCGAUGUCGGUGCAGGUGGCGGCCCCCGCCGUGGAGCUGAAGGAGCUGGGCGGCCCCAGGGACAAGGGGGCGGCCGCCCCCUCCCGCCCGGCCGAGCCGGGGCUUCUCCCCCCGCCGGGGCUCGGCGUGGCCGGGGCGCCCUGCCCGCUGCCGGCCCCGGCCGGGGAGCGUGAGGCGGCGGCGGCGGCGGCGGCCCCCGGCGCGGGGUGCGGAGCCGAGCGGCCUCCCGCGAGCGGCUGCCCCGGGCUCCCCGCGGCCGGGCUCCCCCCCGGGGCCGCCAAGGUGCCGCAGGCGUCGGCCAUGAAGAGGAGCGACCCGCACCACCCGCAGCACCGGCACCGGGACGGGGGGGACGGCGGCGCCGGGCGGGAGGCGCUGGUCAGCCCCGACGGCACCGUCACCGAGGCGCCCCGCACCGUCAAGAAGAUCCAGUUUGCUGACCAAAAGCAAGAAUUUAACAAGCGCCCAACGAAAAUCGGUCGCCGUUCUCUGUCCCGUUCCAUUUCUCAAUCAUCUACAGAUAGCUACAGCUCAGAAGAGAGGCCCGAACAGCUGAGUGUAGGCUCUUCCCUGCCACACUCAGCACAGGCAAAUGCCAAGGGAACUCUCUCUGCCCCCAAGGAAGCAAUGAAGAUAUGGCUAGCUCAUCCAGCUGCCUCAUACACCGACAGCUCUGAUGAUGAGACCUCCCCCAGGGACAAGCAACAGAAGAACUCCAAAGGCAGCAGCGAUUUCUGUGUGAAAAACAUAAAGCAGGCAGAGUUUGGGCGCAGAGAGAUUGAAAUUGCUGAACAAGAGAUGCCUGCACUUAUGGCUUUAAGGAAGCGAGCUCAGGGAGAGAAGCCAUUGGCUGGGGCCAAGAUUGUGGGCUGCACGCACAUAACUGCACAGACUGCCGUAUUAAUGGAGACUCUUGGUGCCUUGGGUGCUCAAUGCCGAUGGGCUGCCUGCAACAUCUAUUCUACUCUCAAUGAAGUGGCUGCUGCCCUGGCUGAAAGUGGGUUCCCUGUCUUUGCCUGGAAGGGAGAGUCUGAAGAUGACUUCUGGUGGUGUAUCGAUCGCUGUGUCAACGUCGAAGGAUGGCAGCCUAAUAUGAUCUUGGAUGAUGGAGGGGACCUGACCCACUGGAUUUACAAGAAAUACCCCAACAUGUUUAAGAAGAUCAAGGGGAUAGUAGAAGAGAGUGUGACUGGGGUCCACAGAUUAUACCAGUUAUCUAAAGCUGGGAAACUCUGUGUCCCAGCUAUGAACGUCAAUGACUCUGUCACCAAACAGAAGUUUGACAAUCUCUACUGCUGCAGAGAAUCCAUUCUUGAUGGCCUUAAAAGGACUACAGACAUGAUGUUUGGAGGAAAGCAAGUGGUGGUCUGUGGGUAUGGAGAGGUUGGAAAGGGUUGCUGUGCUGCUUUGAAGGCCAUGGGCUCCAUAGUGUAUGUGACAGAGAUCGAUCCAAUCUGUGCCCUGCAAGCCUGCAUGGAUGGAUUCCGCCUUGUGAAACUCAAUGAGGUUAUCAGACAAGUUGACAUUGUCAUCACCUGUACAGGUAACAAGAACGUAGUGACAAGAGAACAUCUAGACAGAAUGAAGAACAGUUGUAUUGUGUGUAACAUGGGACAUUCCAACACUGAAAUUGAUGUGGCGAGCUUACGUACGCCUGAGCUGACCUGGGAAAGGGUGAGAUCUCAGGUAGACCAUGUCAUCUGGCCAGACGGGAAGAGGAUAGUGCUGCUGGCAGAGGGCCGUCUGUUGAACCUGAGCUGUUCCACUGUUCCCACCUUUGUAUUGUCCAUCACCGCAACCACUCAGGCUCUGGCUUUGAUAGAGCUCUACAAUGCCCCUGAAGGGCGCUACAAACAGGACGUCUACCUGCUGCCUAAGAAAAUGGAUGAGUAUGUGGCAAGUCUUCAUCUUCCAACGUUCGAUGCACAUCUGACAGAGCUAACAGAUGAACAAGCAAAAUACCUGGGACUAAAUAAAAACGGGCCUUUCAAACCAAACUACUACAGGUAUUAGGUUUCUGCAGCUGUAACCCGAAGAAGUAAGGAACAAGAAUCCAAGCCUUUUCUCAACUAUUGUACAGGAUGACAUAGUACAAGCUUCUUAAAUCAGAGCUGGACUUGCUCACAUAGUAGACAGUGUGUUAGGUUAUUUAUUUAUUAAACUAGAGUACUGUACGUGCGGCCUCUGCCAAUGGUGUUUUUUACUGCCAGGGGACUGUGAGACUUUUGUUUUUUGGGGGGGCGGGAAGCAAGGGGAGGAAAAAAGAAUCUGGCUGAAUUAUUUUGUUGCAAAGUAUCUGUUAGCUUCAAGUAAUCCAUUAUCGCUGUAUGUCUAUUCUAAUAUACAGGGGAUGGAGAACAAUGCAUGAGGCAAGAUUUGAGAUCAGACUUCAAGCUUGCACGUUACUUUAGUACCUUAAUGUCUAGGAACUUAAUUUCAAGGUUGCACAUUUCCUUUGUACCUUAACAUUUCUUACAUGGAAGCAGAAUCUGGGGCAGUCCCCAGAACUGUCUGUCAGUUUGCAGGGUAGCACACUCUGUUAUUUUGUUUCCAUGCCAUUUUAAAAUGAAACUAGCACAAGCCUGUUUGCUCUAGACAUUGCUGACGAGACUGGUGCUAUCUUAGUAGUGAAACACUAAAUCUUACCAGCAGCCACUGGGGAAAACUCUCUAAUUCUGAUUAUUGUGCAAGGACAGGCUUUGGCAACAAGCCAAAAUGAACUUUGCCUUAGCACUGUGGGAAGCUGUAACCAAGAGUCCAGUUUAUAGCAUCAGCUGGGGACACCCCACAGCCUGAGUUAGGAACCCAUGAGGCAGAGAUGCACCUGCUCUAAAGCAGUCAGUGAUGAACGCUGCAGGGUUCACACCAGUGGACUAAGACCCAAUUACACACCAGUCUUCAGCAACUUUGCAGUAUUUUUCUGCAGUUUUUGUUGAGUGCCAACGUUUUUCAAUUCAACCAAAGCUAUAUUUCUCAUGGAGCAGUUGUGUGGCUUCUUGUGCUCACGCUUGUGGAACAGCCUUGUGACUUUGCCGACAAAUGCUGCUUACAUUUCAAGGUAUCUCUUCGAGAUGACACUCAGAAGCUUGUUCACACUGCUGCAGAAUGAAGCAGUAAAACUGAUCAGUUCUGAGGACUGUUCUUGACACAAUCUUUCUCCAACUGGUAUUUCAGUCCUCUUUGGAAGUGACUUCUGUGUAUAAAAGCACCUGUUUCUGGGAAAUGUUUCCCAGACUCCCAGUGCCAGAGCUGUUCGAGUCUUAUUUUCAAAUAUAAAUUUAAAUAAGGGUCCCUAGAAUUCAUUCACUGAACAAAUGAAUAAGCACCAGUAAUUAUCCCAUAGAGUAUGCUCUGUCCUGAGGUCUAGAUGUUAUAAGUAGAGUUCAGAAUCACUGUCACAUUAGUAUCUUGUCAAGUCUUGCUGUAUUAGUCAGAAAUGAUGUAAGAUAAACAUGCCUGUUACUUGUUUUAGCCCAGGAUGUCCUGUCUGGAUGCUGCAUACAACACAGACAUGCGUGUCAAGGUAAUUUUUAAGGUUGCCAUAUCUCCCCAGAGUUACUGAAGACAUGUUUCUUUUUUAAAAUUUGAGGUACUUCAAGUGGUACUUACCAGACUUCCACGUGAAGCAUUGACCUAUCAGCCUGGGCUUUUAUAUACCAUGCUCACCAUCCUGGCACCUGAUCAAGUGAAGAUCCUUGUUUUUUGCCCUCUCUGAAUCUUUGGCCAUUAUGAAUGGGAGAGGUGUCUUUGUGGCAUUGUGUUCUCACACACAAAAGACAGAAAUUGUGUUCUACAGGCAAGUCACAGAAUCAUCAAAAUUAGAGAUGAAGACUGCCUCCUGGGUCAGUUUGUCCAAUGUCACAGUUGUUUCUUAAAGCAAAUUUUCUAGUAUGCUGUUUAAUCCAAUUUUCAAUCUCCAAAGGGAUGGAGCCCUACGUAGAAAGUUGUAGGUAAGCUGUUGGAAGUUUUAUGAGGCUGUGUCUGAGGGAGGCAUCAUAGAAUGAUCCCCAGUCAUGUAUCAAUUGAUCUUCAACUCUUGGUUGAUUUUAUUCAGGUCCUGAGAUUUUCGGAAGAGACCAGUGAAUUAUUGUUAAGAUGUCAGUCAGGUGUAUUACUUUUAUUACUUACAUCGUUUGAGUUAUUUUAUUCUGCAGUGACCCAGCUUUAUCCUGGAGUCACUUUGGUUGUUUGUAGACGCGUGGUGUGAAAUCCAGGCCCAUGGAACUCAAUGGCAAAGCUCCCUUUUGACUUCAGAAGGGCCAGGAUUUCACUUGUAGAUUGCGCUGUCUGAAUGGAGUCUUUUUCUGGGCAAAAGCCCCAGGAAUGUAUCCACCCAUGUAGCUCUUAAAGAUCUUGGCGUACAUGGGCUGCACAAAUGGCCAAGGAUAAAGGGGAAAGAGUUUCUUAGAGACUUUUCUCUUCUGUGUACUAAAUCAGUCACAGAACCAUUUCCCAGCAGCCAGGAGUUGGGGGAUGGGCAACAUGGGUCUUUGAUUUAAUAGGGAACAUUAUCUUGUCCUCCUCCCUUGGAUCUCUUGUGGUAUCAGUGUCCAUGUAUGAUGAUGCAUCCAAUACAUCAAUCUGUUCUUUAUCUCACGUGGUUAUGCCUGGCAUGUGAAACUGCUUGUUAGACAAAUGCUUGGCGUCAGCCCUGGCCGUACUGUCUCUGUGGGUCUGCAUCUCACCUCUGUGACCUGAGUUCAGUCAUAUAGGGAGCAGUACAGUAUUCAUGCAGUUGCUGUACACUUACUGGGAGUUCCCAGGCUAGCACCACAAUGCUGGUUUGAAAUCUGAUAGCGAAGUGCAGCCUUAGCUAAGAGUAUUUUAGGACACCAUCGUUUUUUGGGAGGUUUUUUCCAUACAUACUCCUAUCAAUGAGCUGGAACAGAACGGGUGCAAAUGUUCCAAACUGACAAACACAAGGAAGUUCCUUCUCUCUUUAUUCGCUAGAGACAGUUGAGUCAAGACUUGUGCACUUUUUACAGAGUUAGCUGUGCAGAAGUGAGGUGGCGUGGCUGGGAAUGCCCUGUGCAGACAGAGACAGUCAUUGCUUAACAUGAACUGGGUUCCUCACUUGCCUGUCUGGGGAAGGGACUAGGAGACCAGAGCACCCCAAAGUGUGGCUCAUGACCACUCUUUCCCUUUAGGUAGAGGUGCAGCCUCAGAGACUGCAGGCCCCUGCAUGGAUUUCUGCUCAGAUCAAGCUGGAGCAUUGCAAGCUGGGAGGUGUAGUCCCUGUGCUCUACAGAAAUGGAGCAUUGUAAUCAGUUCCAAGUGGCCAGUGCUGUUGGGCAUCAUUCGGGCACCCCCUAGUUUAAUGUGUGGAAACAGUUCCUAGUUUUCCCCGUGAAAACCAGACCAGCACAGUGGCGCUACCAGCCUUCUCGUCUCUCUUAUUUUAUGGGGAAGGUGACAACAUUAGCCUGUCUCUUGUGUUCUGGAGCGAAGCCACUUAGGAAAUGCCACUGUGGGUCACAUGUUCAUCCAGGCACCCUUUGGAAAAGUGGGGUCAGAAAUCAAGCUGAAUCUGCCCCCAGGACAAUAACCAUUCCAUCAGGUGACCCGACAGUGCAUCUCAGAAGGGUCGCUUACCUAUUCCAAGUCUGUCACUAGUGUAGCAUGUCGUGGUGCUGUCCUCAUCAGUGAAUUUGUUUGUGCUGAUUUUAAGCUCAUUUUAUCUUCAGUGUAGCUGUAAGAAGAAGAAAAAAUCAUUCAAAAUGGCUUUUUUCCCCUCUGAUCUUUUACAGAUUUUCUCCAUGUUGCUAUGCCUUUUCGUAAGCUUUUUUGCUUGCUUGGCUUUUCCUAAUCAAUCUGGAAUCAUAUUCCGUGAUCAUCUCUAAAUUAAGUGUAACUGGUUUUUUAAAUGUAACAAUUUUUUUUAAAUAUUAGAAAAAAGGAGAUAGGCAACACCAGCAAAAUCUUGUAAGGAAAAUAAUUUUGUUCUGAACUUUAGAAACCAGGAAAAAAAACCCCAAUCAUCUGUCAUAAUUCUACAGUAAGGAAGUAAAAACUAAGACUAUAUCAUUUUCAAAAGGAUGUUUUAAAUAUUAAUGUCUGAGUGAUUGUAUUAGAUCAGCAAUAAAGACUCUGUAAUCUCAAAACACAAAUAAAAUGUUGCAAAAUUCA